AUGGUCCGCCGAGAUCCCAUCUUUGAAGCCCGCACCAAUGUGAAGCUCCAUUCGAACCGACUCAAGAAAGAAGCCAACCGUGCAGAAGCCACCUUCAAAUCCGAAAAGGCCAAAGCAGACAAGGCGAUGAAAAACCGGGAGUUCCAAAUUGCCCGGAUCCACGCGGCCUCCGCCGUUCGCGAGAAACGCCGCCAAGUAACCCUCAAAUCCGAAGCCGCCCGUGCGGACGUUAUUAUCAACGAACUCAAAGCCGCACAGAGCACCCGCGACACAUCACGGACGCUCGCUCUUGCGUCGCGCGGCCUCGACGCGGCCUCGAAGAGCGUGAACCUCGAACACCUUGUCUCGCACGCGAACAACUUCCUCGCCCGGUCCGAGGACUUCAAGAUCGCCAGUAGUGCGAUCGAGGACGUUGCGCAGGGUAUCUCGAUGCAGGAGUAUGGUGCAGAGGGCGAGUCGGAGGUGGACCGGAUGAUGGAGCAAUUGGCAGAUGACGCGGGCGUUGAUAUGCGCCUGGCGUUGGAGUCUGGCAAGGCGCCCGAGGAUAUUCAGCAGCACGCUGAGCCUGUCAAGCCAGAUGCGGAAGCUGAGGAUGGGCUUGGAGCGAGAUUGAGAGCUUUACGGGCUGCUAAUUGA